UUGACUUGACUUGCAGUGGGUUUGUCCAAACGAACCCGAAAGUGGUGCUUGGUGCAGUUAUUGACCCAUUGUCGACCAGAGGUGGACAACAGUUCAUUAUCACGGUCGGUAUCUUUCAGGAUCCUCAGUCAAGCAACUGGUGGCUGAAAAUGCAAGGGCAACCAGUGGGGUAUUGGCCGCCGACGCUAUUUGGAUACUUGCGCAACAGCGCGACACUGGUGGAAUGGGGCGGGGAGGUGUUUAGCUCAAACAUAAAGAAAGUGCCACACACGGGGACGGGCAUGGGGAGCGGAGACUAUGCAGGGGAGCAUUACAAGUACGCUAGCUUCGUGAGGCAGCCAAGGAUCGUGGACUAUUCGCUACAGUUGAAGUAUCCGGUGAGAGUUGGAACUUGGGUUGAUGAGUAUUCUUGCUACUCUGUUGAUAAUUAUCGAAGUACAAUCCCAACUGAACCUGUUUUCUUCUAUGGCGGUCCUGGACGCAGCCGUGACUGCCAUUGAUACCAUCAAAAUCAUUUAAUAGCGUGGAAAAAGUUGUCCCUUCAAUGUGUUUCCUUAAUAUAUCCUCUAUCCUUUUU